UAAUUAAUAAUUAUAAUAAUCUCGAGUUAUCUUGUCUCUUUCUAGAAUCUGCUAGUCUGACACUGUAUUCAGCGAGGUAUUCAGUGAUAUUUUGAAUUUAUCAUUGUAAUCAUGUCGUCUCUGCUACUGUGCUACAAUAAAGGAUGUGGAAAGAGCUUUACUGAAGAGGAAAACGUAAAUGAUGUGUGUACAUAUCAUCCUGGUGUCCCUGUGUUUCAUGAUGCUAUGAAGGGAUGGUCUUGCUGUAAAAAGAGAAGUACAGAUUUUACUGACUUCCUUAACAUGCCAGGAUGUACAAAAGGCAAACAUAAUCCAGUCAAACCGGCAGAACCAGUCAAGACCUCUGAAACACCACUAAAGAAGGGAGAGGUAAUAGAGGUGAAGGCACCAAUGCCUAAACCUAAAGUACCGAUUGAGAGACCUUCAGAGGAUGAGCCACAAAUUGAAUUAAAAGUCUCAGUAUCCAGUUCAUUAAAGUCAGCACUGGCAAGGCUCAAAGUAUCCGAACAAGAAACUAAUAGUAAUAAUACUGCUGGGACAGAAGAAGAGGCAAAAGGAUCAGAGGAUGACGAGAUUCUUAUUGGAACACAAUGUAAACAUGGUGGAUGUCAGGCUACAUACUUAGGUCCUGAUAGUAACUUGAGUGACUGUCAAUAUCACCCAGGGGUGCCAAUAUUUCAUGAAGGUUACAAGUUAUGGUCUUGCUGUCAAAAGAGGACAUCAGAUUUUAAUGAGUUUCUAAGACAAGAAGGUUGCAAAGCUGGCAACCACCUCUGGAAGGCUAACGGUGUUGAGAAACCUACUCGUUGUGAUUGGCAUCAAACAGGAUCACAAAUAAUAAUCUCAGUAUUUUCAAAGUGCUCAGUACCUGAAGCAUGUCACUUUACUGCUAAUAAGACAUUAGUAAAUGCAGUCAUAUCUUAUGAAGGAGGUAAAAGAACAUUUCAAAAGACAUGGAAACUAGAAGGAGUAAUUGACCCGGAGAAGAGUAAAGUGGAGCUAUUAGGAACAAAAGCUGAAAUCAAACUUAGGAAAUUUGAUGGGACGCCAUGGAAGUAUUUGGAAUUGAGAGCGGCACCGGUUCCAAAGAAAACCGACAACAAUGAUGAAUCCAAUGACGAACCAAAUGACAAUUGAAAAAAAUAAUGACAAUAUUAUUUAAAAUUGAAAUAACAAUUAUGACCAUUUUGAGAAAA